AUGAGAAGUGAGGACUCGCACUCUAGAGACCCUUCUCACUCUAGAGACCCCUCCGUAGAGACGGAGAGACCGACGGUGGAUGUGACGGACAAGAGCAGACGUGGUUCUUCUGCUACUGUGGAUAGUGUAUCGGGAAUAAGGGAGCAUCGCUCUCGCUCUCGCUCUCGUUCUCCAAUUGAAGCUGCUGCGGGAGUUACCACGCGCUCGCGUGCAAGGGCGUUGUCAACUGCGGAAUCAUCGCCGUUACCGAAGUCGGCGACCGCACCAACCAAAUCGGAGUUGACAAUAUCAGACAGUAGGGAGGCUGGCAUUUCCCCCUCACUGUCGAUGAUGGAUCUGACGGAGCGAACUUGUGACGGGAACACUCCCAUUUCCUCCCUGGACAAAUCGCUGAGUGGCUCAGUCCGCUCGCUUGACGGUAACAAGGGCCCAGUUCACUCCAAAAACCCCAACCUGGGCUUACUGGGGAAUUCUGCUGCAUUGCCCAACAAAGGUGCUUCGGUAACAUCUCUGAAUGCAGAGGCACAGGUGGUGCUAACGCCUAUUGACCUUACUUCGACGCUUAGAAGCUCGAACCUGUCAUUAGGUAAGAGGACGCGUUCCAGCUCGGAAUCGAGUGAGGGAAGUGGUGGUAACAACACUAACCUUACGGAUCACACUCACAAAAGGCUGGCAGUGGAAGCGCCCUCCGCAUAUCCGGUACCUAUUUCAGACAAUUGCGACUCACUGCACAGCUCGGACGUGGAGAGGACUGGCUCCUUCUUUCGACGACCCUCUCCCUCCCCUCAGCGCACGAAAAAGACCCUGUCUGAACAUCAUGUCGGGAUUUCUGCGGCCAGGAGGAGGAAUUGCAAGGAUUCUAAAGCUGACUAUGAUAGCAGCGAUGCCAAUCUGAGCGAUGACGAAUAA